AUGUCGACGCAGCUACAGCCCAACGACGUUCUAUGGGAUGAUCUCUUCAUAAUUGACCCUGAGAAAGGUAGACUUUUGAAGCAACCGCUCCGAGAAUUAUCCGACCGGUUUAUUCUGGAUCCUAUCUAUGAGUAUAAAGGUUUCGCUCUGAAAUAUUUCACCGAGAGUCGGGAGAUAGCCAUGGCAGAGCUUGCAGGAGAUUGCGGGGUCAAAGUUCACGGUCAUAUCAUCAGAUUUGAUGCCCACCCAAAUAAUGGUCCUCGAAAGGUUGGUCUCGUAAUGGAGGUCGGACGUCCUCUGAUCGAUUCCAUAAAAGAGAUUACCGAUGAAUCUGAAAAGCACAGAAUAAAAGCUGAAAUGAUCGCCGUCGUAGAAAGAUUGCAUACAAAAUACAAUAUGGUACACGGAGACAUUAAGCCAGCAAAUUUUGUCGUCUGCAAAGACAAUGAAAUACGUUUAUGCGAUUUUGAGUCCGCGCGACCAGCUGAUGAAAGUUCUCAAAUAUGGGAACACUUGAUGGAUGAAUCAAUCAUUGGAGAAGCUACUGAGCAGUAUUACAAUAAAUCGCGAUCACAGGAUGACUACGUGCCCCCCACUAAAGCGGAUGAUCUCUAUGCUUUGGCAAUUUCUGUUUGGGAGCUUUAUACUGGGAAAGUCCCGUUUGAGGGUAUUGAGUCUGGGGAAGAGAUUAGAUCGCAUCACAGCACUGGCCAGACGGUGGAUUUAACGGAGGUUCAAGAUGAUGAAACCAGGGAAUGGAUAAGAGGGAUUCUUCGGGAAGGUGGCGCUUUAGUUUAG